GAAAUAAACAGGCGUUAUAACGGUUAAGUUAAACCGAGCUAUUACUAAAUACAAAUGAAAUGAAAAGCAUGACAGUGUGCAUAUUGCGAAGCAUAUAUAUCGUGUUUUGGUAAAUUAAUGAGUUAAGUUAAGUUAAUAUAUAACUUCAUAACUGCCAUUGGAAACUCGAGUAGCCUACUUGCUAUUCGAAUGACCUUUGAUACACUGCACAACUCAAGAUUUCAACCAAGCAUGGUGUUGGAAUAUACAGUCUAUGUGUUGGACAGAAAAGUAUGUGUGUUGUUCACGCAGUUUUUGUCUUUGAAAGAUAAACAUGAGAGCACACUUGAGUGAGACCAUUUUUCUCUGUGGAUUUAUUCUUAUUUGCUCAUCUAAAACAGCUGGUCAAACAUGCAGGGGAAAGUGUGGAGAUGUAUUGGAGGGAUGCUCCUGCCAUGCAACCUGUGCGUCUUUGCAGAAUUGCUGUGCAGACUACAACCAGUCCUGUUUCCAGGUGACGCCUCACUCCAGCUCCAUGCUGGGUGGAAGAGCUCUCAGGAUCCUCAGUUUGGUCCUUCAUCCUGGUGGGCACCUUUUCUGCAGGUUCAAAGGUGAGAUUGAACAAGAAGGAUUUAUUGAUUCUGAAGGCCACGGCUACUGCAUCUCUCCUUUAUUGUACGAGACAGGUUGGAUACCAUUUACCGUCUCAACAGACGGAAUACAUUUUGACAGAUCUGGAGAGUACUUGUCAGUCCACCCUAGUAAAGCAGACCCUGCCUUUGAAGUCACCUUGGUGAAUGCAAGACAGUGGCUGAACUACGGCACGCCAAACAUGGAAGGACGGCUUACGAUGACAUGGAACAGCUCUUUGAUUGGAGCAGAGAAGGUCAACAUAGAGCUGUGGGGUUACAGAGAGUUCAAGGGGAGCACAGAGGCCGAGGUGAAUGGAUCGUCCUCUCUGCAGGCAGAGCUGAGCUAUCUAUACACUCUGGGCAGGAAUCUGUCCAACACUGGUGCCUUCGGCUUUAUCCCCGAGCCCUCAAAGGACUUCUCUGACUGGGAGUUGGGGAAUAUCCGCAUCACUGCUAGUUCUAAGUCAGACGGAGCAAGGGAUGUACAGGGGCUCUGGAGUGGAGGUCAUGUCUUAGCCUGGCACCUGGAGCAGGCUUUCAGAGAUGACUCUGCAGCCUGGGCCAGGAACAAGUGUCUGCAGUGGGACGUCCUGGAGAAGAAGCUGCCCAACUUCCUGGAUGAGCUCAUUGACUGUCCUUGCACUCUGGCACAGGCCCGAGCAGACACAGGCAGGUUUCAUACUGACUAUAGUUGUGACAUUGAGAGGGGCAGUGUGUGUACUUAUCAUCCAGGCAGCGUCCACUGCGUCAGAGCAAUUCAGGCCAGUCCUAUGCAUGGAUCGGGGCAGCAGUGUUGCUAUGAUCGCACAGGCGCUCUGGUGCUGACGGGAGACUCGACCGGUGGCAGCACCCCAGACAGGGCUCACGACUGGGGCUCACCUCCAUACAGGGAGCCACCACGGGUGCCGGGGUACUCCCACUGGCUUUACGAUGUCAUGAGUUUCUACUACUGCUGCCUGUGGUCUGACCACUGCAGCAUCUACUUAAACCUUCGACCUUCUAGCGGGUGCCGCAACUACCAGCCCCCAAGAGCUGGUGUUGUCCUCGGGGAUCCACAUUUCAUGACGUUUGACGGCCUCAGCUUCACUUUCAAUGGCAAAGGAGAGUUCUACCUUGUGUAUUCGCCAGACAGAGAGCUGAGUGUUCAGGCCAGAACAGAACAGGUGAAACUUAAGAACGGUACCUUGGCCAAAGCCACAUGGCUUUCAUCCGUGGCUAUGAAGGAGAAAGCCUCUGAUUUCAUCGAGGUGCGUCUAGCAGAGGGCCACCUUCAGGUGCUGAGGAACCAAAAGGUCCUACCUUUCACCGAGCAAAGAUGGAUGGACCUACACGGAGUAUUUGUGUUCGCUCCCAGUCUUCAGAAUGUGACAGUAGUCUUCCUCUCUGGAGUUGCCAUGGAGGUUCGUGUACAUGAAGGAGCCAUGGCAGUGACCGUCCUGCUUCCAACGGAGUUUACCAACCACACUCAGGGUCUCCUCGGUCUGAUGAACUCUGACCCAUCAGAUGACCUGUUGACCCAACUAGGAAAGAUCAUCUCCCCAGCCGACGCCACGCCGGAGGAGAUCUUCGCUUUUGGAGCUGGCUGGAACAUUUCAAAGAAGUCUUCCCUUUUCACAUAUGACUCAAAGUACCUUUUGGAUACCUACUAUUUCCCACCAAGCCACGAUCAUACUUUUGUUCCUGCCUUUUCUCAACCUGAAAGACCUGAUGACCUUCUGGUGGCAGACACGUUGACAAUAUGCGUUGGAGAAGGAGCUAAGUUCUGUAAAUAUGAUACCCUGACCACUCAGAGCCUCACAAUGGGAAACGCCACACUCAGGGCCUACCAAAAUCAUCUGGCCCUAAUAAAAGCUCUGGAGCCAGUGGUGUCUUGUGGCUGGCUUCUCACACCCAGGAAUGGGAUGAAGAAUGGGACAGAUUACCUAGAGAGGAACACUCUGAGCUUCACCUGCAAUAAAGGCUUCAUACUGUACGGUUCAACUGAGCGCACUUGUCUGGUAGAUGGGACCUGGACAGGAAAGCAACCCUACUGUAUAACAGAUGAUUACGUGGGGUUUUCCCUUGGGGCUGUUGGUUCCCUCUCCGCACUGGUCACGAUGGGAGUAAUGAUCCACCUGCACAACAAGAAACAGGACAGAGAGAAAAAAGAGGACCAGAUGGUGACUCAAGAACAAACUUGCUAAACCAUCAAAGUUCUUUCAGAUUAUGGAUCAUACCACUCCACAUUGAAACCUUCAACUUUGUAGCCUAAGGCAACGAAUGUGUUUAGAGCUGAGUAUUUGGAAAUCAUAUGCAGUCGUGUUGUUCUUCAGGACAGUGGUCUUCUCUUGGCCUAUUGACCCUAUCAGGAUAAAACCUCAGGCUCUAAUUAGCCUGUUGUUUGGCCUCAUGGUUUCCCUUUUGUUUAGUUUGGAAAACCUCCAGGUCGUGGUAAAUGGCACAUGGGGUGAGGAUUGAGGGUACUGAGGUAAAGGAAAAAAUGCUGAUGAUUGUUUUUAUAUUCCUGUUUGUGCAUGACUGAACGUCCGAUCUUCGCUAGAGAGAGAACUGUAUAAAUACUACACAGAGAUAUCAUCAUUACAAUCAACACUCCCUUCUCCUGUGCAGUUUAAAAUAGGACCAGAUGUGUUCAUGUUCAUGUCAAAUGUGAAGCGAACCUGAUCAUUUCUUGGUUGAAAGACUUUGAACUCAUAUGCCGCAUUUGUGUGGCCUCAUAGCCUUCAGUCAAAGGAAGGGUUUUGCUGAGUGAGAAAGAAAAAUUCACAAAUGUUACAUAAAGGUCACACUUUUUGCUAGGGCUGUCCUGAAUAUCAAUUUUUGGGCUUCGAAGCUAUAGUGGGAAGUAUUGGAAUUUAUUUGAAGCUUUGACAUCAAAUAAAUUAUGCAUAUAAAAAAUAUAAACAUAUAAUUUAAAAGGCCUGGCAAUCAUGCUAUUUCACGGCUAGGCUGUUACUUAUCAUUUUCAGGUAAAUUGCCAAAAGUCGUAGAUUUGUAAUAUGCCUGUUUUCUUUAGUAUAUUUAGCACUCGACAUUAUGGUUGUCAUCUUCGCAAAUUUAGAAAUUAUUCCAGACGCUAGACUUUUUCGACAUCCGAUAGUUGCAGCCGAGUUGCUAGCGCUCCCGUGGUUAAACGCUAACUUUCACUGCUAGUAACGUUCGAUAAUAGCUCAGGCCAAGCGCUAGCAGUAAAGUGAGGCAGGCCGGGACAUGUUUUUCCGUCUGUCUGUCUAUCGAGUUCAGUACCCGGGGCAGCGCCACCCCUGGCACACACACACACACACACACACACACACACACACACACACACACACACACACACACACACACACACACACAGUACUCUGUCUGAGAAUAACUAAUUAUAUUUAAUGUUGAUGCAUAAAUGAAUAAUGUGUUACUAUUCUUUUAUUUCAUGGGCUUGUCUGGAUUUUAGGGUAAUGCAUAUAUAACAGUAAUUAUAAUAAAAACAAAAAAAGUAAGCAUUCGGGUCAGCCCUACUUUUGUCACCACUUGCUUUCUUUGACUGUAUCUGUAUUUGAAGACACUAAUUGAUUGAAUGUAUCUUU